GAAAGAUAAAGAAAAUUGGCUGAGAAAGGGGAGAAACCCUGAGCACGUCCACAUGCCUGGGUGAAGUCCUUUUUCUUUCUAGGCUUGCUAGCAAACCUGAUGGCUAGCUUGCUAGUCAACCAUGCUACAUGCCCCUGGAGUUUCUCUGGAAAUGUAAUGUGGAGAAGCUCAUUAAAUUGGCGUUUAAGUUAAGAAGGCUGUAUUAUGCAUAAUGUUAUUUCUCCCCCAAACCCAUUUGUCUUUUCGUCGAUUUGAAAAACAAGAGUAUGGAGCGAAUUGGCUAACUCGGCUACAUCGUGGCUAAAGUGGCUGAUCUGCUAACCUACAGCAACCGGCGCCAUUUUGGAUACAGCACCUCCUUUAUCAGUGAAAUGGUGGCUUUUCGCAAUUCGUGUUUUCUACAGUAUUCAUCACUCAGCACCUGAAUGCCUCAGAAAUGACCAACGAUGUGGGUUGAAGAUUUCGACGUUUUUAUUCAUUUUGUGGCCAAGCUCGAACACGGCCUACCUUUUUGGUGGAAUCCUUUGUCUGGGAGGGGCCCGUGUUCAGUUUGCCUUAAGAGCAGUGCUAAGCUAGCUAGCGUGUUGAUGUGCAGGAGGGAAUGGACACUGACCUUUUAGUCAACCCAUCUACAUUGAAAACAUCUAAUGUUUGUAUCUAGAAUAUUACAGAAAGCUAGCAUUUGUAACGUUAUAAGGGUCGAAAUGGUGUGGUUUCAAAAUGGACGCUCAGUGAUCGCCGUUGCUCACAAAGGGCUCCACAACACAGCCCUGUGAUGGACAUUUCUGUCGUCUCCUUUUCCUUCGAUGGACUACCGCGAUUCAUCCCACGCUGUUUGUCCUGCCGGGGAGCUCAGAAUGUCACCCGUGGAGCAUCCACCUUGGGAAGGCCUGCAGGAUUUCAUGUGGAACGCACGCCCAAGCAACUUCCUGACAAAUGGCAGCAUGACCUGUUCGACAAUGGCUACAGUGGCAAUGCCGGUGGUGGUGGUGGUGGAGGAGCGGGUGUGGAAACUGGGGGGAAGCUUCUUGUGUCCAAUCUCGACUUUGGUGUCUCUGACGCAGACAUUCAGGAACUUUUUGCAGAAUUUGGCACUUUGAAAAAGGCUGCGGUCCAUUAUGACCGGUCUGGGCGCAGCCUCGGCACUGCAGACGUCCACUUUGAAAGAAAAGCAGAUGCUCUCAAAGCCAUGAAGCAAUACAACGGUGUCCCCCUUGAUGGCCGUCCUAUGAACAUACAGCUUGUCACAUCACAGAUCGACGCACAGAGACGAACCACAAUGCAGGGACUGAGUCGCGGAGGAGGGGGAGGUAUGAACAGGAGUAAAGUGGGAGGCUUUGGUGUCCAGAGAGGUCGUGGAGGCCGUGGUGCCGGAGGGCUCAGAGGCCGUGGUAGAGGAGGAAGGGGAAAUAACAAACAGCAGCUUUCAGCAGAGGAGCUGGACGCCCAACUAGAUGCCUACAAUGCCAGGAUGGAUACCAGCUAAAUGUUCGUGACUCCACUGGGCUGCAUUCCUUUUCCCACAUGGGCGAGCGGUCUUGAUGGUUACAGCUUUGAACAUGCCAGACGUUUUACACUUAAAUGUAUUCAGAAGCGAUUUAAACUUGUGUACCAAUAUUUCUCCUUUUAAAUGCUGCGAAGUGUUUUUUACCUACUUUUGGUUUGUUUUUUAGUUCCUUUUUGAAAACCUGGUCUGACUGUAGGAUUUGAUUGGGAGGUGCUUGUCUUUACCUUCCCUUUGUAGAUCAUUGUAAUAAAACCUGCAGUGCGUAGUAUCCAA